UACGUGGAAUUGGAGCUUAAACGCUCGGACAGCCAGCAUCCACCCGCUUCAAUCCCAGCGCCGCGCUUUUUAAGGCUGACAACGGUCCAGAUGGGUUAACUUGGAGUUUCUCUGCCUCAGUUUCGCUCCAUCUAUCUCUUCCUUCAGCCAACUCAAUUUUCUGAUCCAUUCAUUCUUUGCGCGCGACAUCUCUUCGCUGCUCUGUCUCGUCUUUUACCCAUCCAACCCGCCCACGCAUUCCCACAGUCAUUUCCUCGUCCACGCACAAUCUCUCCUCUCCCUCUUUUAUCCUGACUGCGCCGGUCGCAUUGACGUCUCCUGCUCGUUUCUCUCUGCGACAACCACCAUGGCCUCGAUGAACGGUGAACCCAUGCCAUUAGAUCUCACAAUUGCCAAUCGUCAGACACUUCCUCCGGACGGCCUUCAGAGCCAGCCCGGAUCACGACCUUCUACUAUAGGUGCCGAUUUUCUCAAAUUCUUUGGUGGUACGCAGAAGAAGGUUACGCGAGAUGGACAACCAGCCAAACGGCGAGGUCCGAAGCCGGACAGCAAGCCCGCCAUGACCCGACGACAAGAAUUGAAUCGCCAGGCUCAGAGAACCCAUAGGGAACGCAAAGAACAGUAUAUCCGGUCGCUGGAGACGGAAGUGUCCCGGUUGCGAGAGGCCUACACACAGGAGAUCUCCGCCGCCAAUCUAACGGUCGUCCAACAUCGCGACAUGGUGCAAUCGCUGUCCGACGAGAAUAACAUUCUGAAAGAGAUUCUUGUGGCCCAUGGCAUCAACUUCGAGGCUGAAGUCGAACGUCGCAAAGCGGAACGCCCGAGCAUGGGCUAUCAUUCGAGUCCCUUGGCCAGUAGCAGUGUCGCCUCGCAGCCGCGCAAUAUCGCCCCAUCCGGAGGGCCCAUCUACACCACGCCGCCCACGACGGUCUCGGCGAGUCUGAGUCCGAGUACGAACGGAAUCGAGCAUAUCGAUGUGUCGCCCACUCAGGAGCUGGCGCCGCCCCAGUCAGCCUAUCAGGCCGCUCCGUGCGACGCCUUGGCUGCUCUCGAUCAGAUCGCUCCCGCCAGCCGCGCCCCGAUCCAGCCGCCCGGCAUCUUCGAGGCGGAUCCUCAGCUGCAAAUUGAUUUCAUUUUGACCCUGGAAUCACCGUGUCGAGAACAUACCGACUACCUCUGUCGCCGAUCGAUCACCGAGGCGGACGACGAAGACAUGCCGUUCUCAGGGCAUGCGCUGAUGGCUACCUGCCCACCCCCCAGUUACAUUGCCACGACAACGAACGAGCAGACUUAUCCGCACAAGACGUAUGAUUUGCCGCACGUCAAUUUGAUGACGCUCCUCAACCUCAGCCGCCAAUUGGUGACGGAGGGGCAAAUUACGCCAAUCAUGGCGCUGCAGUGUCUCAAGAAUCACCAACUGUAUAGCCGGCUGACCCGGGAAGACGUCAAGAUCAUCGUCGAGACCCUCAAUACCAAGGUCCGCUGUUACGGCUUCGGGGCUGUGGUAGAAGACUUCGAGCUCAUGGACUGCCUGACUAGUGUGUUGGAUACAAAAGCCGAGCAUCGCAUUUCCAACCCAGGCGAUGACCUGUCCUAUUAAUGAUGGAUGUUGAUGAGUGUAAAGAAAGAACGGAGUCUCGGUGUUAUAUCUGUUUUUGCGACGGCCUUGUACAUAAUCGUUCUCGGUGACCUCUUGGAUUUCUGUCUCUGUUCUGCUUGACGCCAGCCUGUUUUUGGACCAUGCAUCGCUGGAGAUGCGUCUGGC